GAGAAAGUCGUCAACAUCAUAAAGAAUUUAUACGAUAGAAUACACUGGAGGUCGUGUGUGGAGGACAGCUUAUAUAUUCAUUCCAAGUAUAGAAUAGUGUUAGAUAAAGCUUCUCACUCCCCCACUUUCUCUUCCUUCUUGUGGUUGACUGGAUUAUUAAGACCUCGACAUCUGAGGGGAAACACAGAAUAAAAUGCACAGGUUGGAUGCGACUAAACGAUUUAGACUUCAAAGAUAACCUGGCCCUUCGACCCCAUACACACGAACAAAUGCAGAUGGAGACAACUAGUGUAACAGCAGCUUCUGCUUCAGCAGGCUUAAUUAUACACAAAGGAAAAAGCAAGAUCCUCAUAUACAACGCAGAGAACACCAACUCACUCACACUUUAUGGCGAAAAUCUGAAAGAUGUAGAUUCCUUCACGUGCCUAGGAAGCAUCAUCAAUGAUCAAGGAGGAUCAGAUGCAGACAUAAAGGCGGGGAUUGGCAAAACAAGGGCCGCAUUCCUACAAUUGAAGAACAUAUAGAACUUAAAACAACUUUCAACUAGUAUCAAAGUCAGAAUCUUCAAUAAGAACGUCAAGGCAGUUCCACUGUACGGAACUGAAACUUGGAGAACUACUAAAACCAUCGUCAAGAAAGUACAAGUAUUUAUGAAUAGUUGUCUACACAAGAUACUCAAUGUUUGUUGACCGGAUACCUUCAGCAACAGCCUUCUGUGGGAGAGAACAAAC